UGCCAAGUCGCUAACGCUUUUUCGCUUUCAUUCAUCUUGACUUUGAAUCAGUCUGUCUUUGGCGCUCGAUCGAAACGUACGAAUAACUUCUUCGUUGGUAAAACUCAGAAAGUAAAAAUUUAAUCAAAAUCGAAAUAUAAAAGUAAAACAAAAAAGUGAACGCAAGUGAAAUAAAGUUCAAGAAAAAAGGACUGUGUUGCUUAUCGCGUGAAUUAACAAACUGAGGUGUAUUAGCAAGAGAUAAUAUAUAAUAACAAUAAACACAUUUGGCGUUUGUUUAGCGUUUGGUGAAAAAAAGUAUAAUUUUUAAGUGAUCAAUAUUCAUAAGAAUCUAGCUCAAUACCAACAUACAUUCGUGCGCGGAUUUGUGUGUUUGCUUUCCAACCUACCUUCUUUGUGCUCUACGCCCCAUAUCGAUUGCAGAGAAAUACUAAGAACGCUUUCCUGCUAAAAAGUGGCAGCAAACAGCGGACAUCGACCAAAAGAAGGAAAUUCGUUCACACUUAUAUAAAUUGCGGGAAUCGCGUUUACGUGACCUAUAUCAAGGUGAAAUCAUGGCUGGCAACUACGCUAAAGAUCCGUUGAACUCGUCGCACGGCGAUUCUUUGGUGGGUCAAAAUUUUCAAGGCUUGAAAUCAAAAGAAGUACGAGAUUCAGUGAGUCCCAUACAUGAUUUGAAGUUUCACUCCAUGACUCUGAAUCAUCCCAAUACAACUGGUUGGGACGUACAAACUUCGUCUGAAGUGAGUCCAGAUGGACGCGCAUAUCGUACCGAAACCUUGGCUACCACAGAUGGCGUUGAAAAGAUUAAUGGAGGCACCGCUGAAUUUCGCGGCCGAAACGAGCAACGUGCAAGUGCUUCCCAUCAAGGCGACGAUAAGAACUUCGUUAACAAAGCAUCGGAAAGCUCCAAUACUCACUUGCAAGAGCGUGUAGUGGUUGGCGAUGAAAAUUCCGGUCGCACUGAAAUGAAAACGAGCUCGACUACAACAUCCUCCUCAUCCCAGGUGACAUCCUCGUCAUCCACUAUCGAAUAUGGUGGGGCCGAUCCAAAUGAUGGUAAAUAUCUGCUGGAUAAUACUCAACGCCAACAUCAAGAUCAACAUCAACAACGGCUCACGCAGGAGCAAUACAAUCAGCAACAACAACAGAUUCGGCGACAACAACAAUUACAACAGCAGGAAUAUGAACAAAACAUACAACAUCAACAACAACAGCACCAACAACGUGUCGAGCAACAACAGCAGGAAUUUAGUAGUAAUCGUCAAGAAUCGUCUACCAGCCGUAACGUGGAGACACAACAGACGAAGGAGCAGAAUAGGCGUGUUGUAGAUAUGGAUAAGGCUUCACCUGAAUAUCAGCAACAUGUCCAGUAUCUUAUGGCACAAGCUGGUGAGAUUAUCUCGAACACGGUUGAGUAUCCGAAGCCGAAUGUUAAGAUGAUUACUACCGUUAAGCGUUUACCUGAUGGCACUAUCGUGAAGAAUAAACGUUACGAAACAGAAGAGUUACGUCCCACAGCGGAUACCCAACGUCAACGUACGACAUCUACAACGAGCCAGAGCAGCACUCAACAAAGAAAUGAACAACAAAGACGGGAACAGACAGAAAAUAAUGUAAACAAUCGUCAACAAAAUCUGCGUAAUAAUGUGUAUUCGAAUAAUACUCCUAGACGACCUGAACAUGAUGUCGUCGAUAAUGCCGAACCUUUCUUGCGCAAACCAAAUCCGCAGGAUUUAGUAGUAUCACAUCCGGCCGACCAUUUCGUGGAUGAAUCCACCAACGUCGAAACUAAAUUUUCAUCGGUGAAGAAAUCAUGUCGUCGCUUCUCCACUGAAACGACAUCAGAAACUAUUGAAGAAUUUUCAGAUCAGCCACCCUCUUCACAGGCUCCUGGUAUCAGAGGCAAACCUGGUCAUUCACCUAACAAAGAUUUUUCGACUCAUGGAUUUCCAUCAGUGAAACCGAAUAAGCCCACUCAAGAAUAUCCCUCUGAUCGUCCACAUACUGGCUCACAACCUGAUUUCAGUACUCACGGAUUUCCUUCAGUAAAAGCAAAUAAACCAACGCAAGAAUACCCAAGCGACCGUCCACGUCCUUCUGAGGUGGAGCAUAUAACGCAACAAACUGUGACCGCCACAAACACACCUACCACAGAUGCACCACAUGGGUUUCCCGCAGUAAGACCAAACACAAAUAUUACUACCACUAAAGAUGGUGAUGUGAUAAUUGUAAGUUCCGAAUCUACGCGCAGUUCAAAAUAUAAGACCAAUGCAGAGCGUACUAUCGAAACUGAAGUAGUGGUUGAUGGAGAUUCUAAUGUUCGUCCUGAAAAUUAUCCUAACCAUGGGUUUCCCGCAGUAAAACAUCCAUCAACGGGAAGUAGAGACUCGCCAAGAUAUGGUGCCCCUGUUAAGGAGUAUCCGAGUAGUCCGUUAAAACAAUCGCCAGAUUUCUCCACAAGCGGAUUUCCAUCUACCAGAGAUGUGACUAGACCGACGUCGGGACAUCCCGUGCCUUCUAGAGCCAUUGAACAAGAUGGAAAUGUAACAGUAGUGAGCUCGGAAACAAAGAAAGUGAUUAAACAUAAUACAAACAGGGAGCAUAUUGUUGAAACAGAAAUUGCUGGUGAUCAUGACCAUCAAACACCGUCGGGCUUACGUCAACCAGACAAAAUUACCUUUCCGCCCACCCCUCAACCAGGGGAUUUUAGCACACAUGGAUUCCCAUCAGUAAGAGACUCUGCACCUACCAACGAUGCAUAUCGUCGACAAGGCACACCUACACGUGAUUAUCCAAGUAGUCCUCGAAAGGCACAACCAUCUGAAGAUUUUUCGACACACGGUUUUCCUUCUGUUAGAGAGUCGGCACCAGUUAGAGGAAGCACACCUUCUCGUGACUACCCGAGCAGCCCAAGUCAACAUCAGCCAACAGAAGAUUUUUCGACACAUGGUUUUCCAUCUGUAAGAACCCCCAACAAAUCAGCAACGGAUUACUCAACACCGUCAGGUGGCUUCCCAUCAACCAGGGAUACUAACGCUCCCAAACUUACGCCAACUCAACCACAAAGAAUACAACCGAAUUCAACAACUACAAGAAAGCCUACGAGUACGACAGACUCUUCUCAACGCCUGAUUUCGAAGGAGAGGGAUGUCGAUGCCACCCAUCGUGCUUUUGCCGCUUCCCUUCGAUGCUCCUCACCAGUGGAUAGUCCAGAUCAUCAUCGGACUACACCGCGUUCCAGUGUUUCAUCGACCAGGACAUUCCGACGAGAUGGCCGAGAAGGUUCCCAUGACAGCGAAACAAGUCGCAUCAGUUCGGGCACAGUUACGCGUUCUUCGCCAAGUAAGAGUGUUGGUAAAACUGUCGUUACAAAGCAAACUGUUGUUAAAACUCGUAACGUGAAUGGUUCUAACGAAACAAUUGAUUUAACACCCCAGCAGCGCCCCACAAAGUCGCCGUCUCCCACAAAGACCAUCACAACGACCACCACACGCACCACAACAACUAGAAAGAGCCCAGAAGUGCCAAAACCAGAUAAUCAAAAAUCUAAGCCAGCCGAAAACACAUUUCCUACUAUUAACGAACCACUAACCAUCACAAAAACCCACUUUACCGCAAAUGACGCCAGCUUCCUCGGCAACGAGGUGGUCGAGGAGCCAUGCUUAAAAAAACACUUUUACAAACUCGGUCCGUCCGACAAAGCAACAACAAACAAUGUUGACGAGAAGUCACCAUAUUCACCAGCACCAAGUAAUAACAUACAUCGCACUCAUCCCAAAGCAAAAUCCCAAGUUCGGGAUGAUUUCGAAGAUGUUAACCACGAAGAACCCAUCCAUAAACAACCACUAAGCUCAUCCGUAAUCGAACCUAAACAACGUAAUCGUUCACCAUCAGGACAAAGUCCAAGUAGUAGUCCGCAAAUCAUUUGUCAACCAAACAAAAAAGAACCUAGUGCUGAGCGUAGGAACGUUGUGAGAGAAAGUGAAUUUGAAAAUACAGAUUGGCAAAAAACAAUUCUAGAUUCGAAUGAACGCCCCUAUCCUGUAAAGGAUGAAUCAAAACCUGGAGAAAACCGUCCUGCAGAUGAUGAUUAUGUAAAAAAAACACCAGUUGAUACGUCUGAUUUUCCGGUCAUAAGAGAAGAAACUAUUAAACGACCAGAUAAAAAAAGUAACAAGGAGAUUUCGACCAUUAAAGGUGUGAGAAAUGAAAAAUUACGAUCUAAUGAAGACAAUUUUGUGACGUCUGAGUAUGACGUAAGAAAGCCUCAUGAGAAAGAGCCUGCUCGACCAGUCGGCAAGAAACCUACUUCGGGAAAACCAUUAGAUUCAACAGACAGGGGACCUAACGAAGGCAAAUCACUCGAACCUGCAAAUAGAAAACCAUCAGGUAAACACCCUACUGAAUAUACGGGAAAACCUAGAAGUCCAUUAAGUCCAACUCGAAAAACUUCCGAUAUUAUCUCUACAAAUAAAUUCGGAACCUCCGUAAUUACAACAACUACACGAAAGGAAAAUACAUAUGUUAUUGACGAUGAUACCGAACCACAACAAUCAAUUACAAAACUGCAAACUGAGAGGAAACCUAGUGAUACAGAAAAACUAAAACCAAACAGCGUUGAUCGUAGUCCGACUAGAAAACCGACGAAGUCAAACACUUUCUCAAAUAUAACUUUGAAACCGGUACGUAAAGAAAACGAUGAGCCUGUGGAUAAAAGACCGACUGCUGAGUCUCCAAAAGAGCUUGCUUUUAAGAAACCUACGAGCAAGAAACUUGAACCUAGUCCCACACGGAAAACAUCAGAAAGCAAGUAUUUAAAAACGAUCACAAAAGAAAUUUCUGGUAUAGAUGAUACUUAUUCGGUGGAUGAAAAUCGACGACCACAUAAACCGCAGAAAGAUACUCCGACAACUUCCGACUCAAACGAAUUUAAAACAAGUUCUAUUACUACUACGGUCACGAAAACUCGCAAAGACAGCAUUUCUCCGACCAGGACCAGCAAACCCAAGGAUAAAAUUCCUGUGGAAGAUACUUGUAGACCAACACAAUUGUCGCAACAAAAGCCAACAUAUACCAACACUAUAAAGCAUGAACCUCGCGAUGAGUACCCCGCACCUAUUGAUAACACACCAACAAAGAAAGUACCAACAAAGGAAUCUCUUAAGUCAACAGACAUUAGAGUUACUACCGUAACAUCUACCGAUGAAUAUCAGCCAGGUCCAAAAAAAACAAAACCACUUAUUAAAGAACCUUCCAACCCAGAAUAUUGCAACGACGAUGAACAUCCCAUUGGUGUAUACGAUAUUGAUGAAAAGGAGAGUGAAAAAUCUUCAUAUGACGAACGUGUACCAAGUAAACCCAUCAGAACGACACCAUCUGAGCCUAAAAGGGUCUCACAGGGGAAAAAAACGCAGAAUACUCAAUUAGAAGAAGAAUUCUCGGACACUGAGAGCACAAGCUCUUCAUUUAUAACGACCAAAAUCCAAAAAGUACGUACAGCCGAACCAAAAACAACACAACAAACGAUUACCGAUGAUACGAGAAAAGUUCAAGAGCUUUUCAAUAAAACCGACAAGACGAAAAUAACUAAAAAUGUAAAUGAAGAAUUCAUAACCUUCGAACGGCAGAUGCGAGAAAGAACUCCAGUUAAUGAUACUCCUAAAAUAAAAACUGAAGUACCAAAAAAGAAAAUGACGAAACCAAAAUCAGAACCAAUAGACAAGUAUUCGGAACCCAAUUAUACAGACGAUGAUGAGCAAUCCUUUACUGAUGAAAACACUUUGAAAAUAAGUUCAGUUACAACAACUUUAAAAACGGUUGGUCCAAACAAGUCGCAUUCGCCCGAAUACCAACCGAAUGAUAGGGAACCCAGACUGGUGCAGCCAUCUGCUGUGGGUUUGAGUGACGACGAGGACUUCCCACAGCAAACACUUGAAGCAUCCACAAUUAUUAGUACAAACAAAACUACACGCAAAGAAAAUUUACCGAAUUCCACAGAUGGUGGAAAACCUAAAAUUGAUGCUCCUUGUGCCAAGAAGCCCACUCAAGGAAAAACUAAGCCAGCUUUGCCAGACUAUAGUGAUAAUGAGCGAAUUCCGUCACCAACACCAACUGAUCAAACCUUUGACACUAUUAUUUCUACUACUACUACUAAAUUUACCAAAAACUUACCUGGCGAAACAACUACAGCAAAAUCUCGAGGGCCUUUCGAUAUACUUGUCCAAACAACUUUGGAUGAAACUAGAAAAGUUGAGGACCUCUUUAAUACUGAUAAAUUGGAACAUACAAAAAUUAAUAAUGAAGAAUUUAUUGCUAUUGAAAGGCAAAAUAAAGAAACUCCAGAUGGUGCUUUCAUUUCGAAAGCACCUGAGCCCGAACCAAGUUCUCCAAGUUUUAAGAAAAAAGGUGUUAGCCCAAGAGAAACCUUUGAAGAUCGUUGUCGUCAAAUAUUAGGCAUGGAAAACUAUGGGGACACUCCUGGUGUUUAUAAAAAGAAACCUGAAGAUGUAUCCGAGCAAAACGAGUCAAUUACCGUAAAUUUCACAGAGUUGGAUGUUAAAAUAGAGGACUGUGAAGAUGAUGAACCCACUUAUCUAAAUAAUAUUAAAGAUUCUGUUAAGCCCCAGAAGUCUGAUCUCUCUACUACAUUUGAUAAUCCACAAAAAACUAAACCACGCAAUACUCAUGAUGAUGAGAUAGUUGAGGAAGUAGAAUGUGUUCGUAAGGAAACGGUUGUACCCUUUAACAAGAGCUCUCCAAAUACGGAGCCUUUGACUGAAAUCAGCCGUAAUACAAUUUUGAUUUCUAAAACCGAUUUAAAUGAAGAAGUUGAUGAGCAAACGGUCUCCAAAAAUAGUUCUAAAAUAGAUACUAAAAUUUGCAGUCCAUCAUCGAAGAAGGAAAAAUCGCAAAAUGAGGAGCCAGAAAAUUCAUCAACCACCGACUCAGAGCUUCCGGAAAGGGAAACGGAUGAAGAGUCCCAGCCGGAUACUAUAGUGUCUAAAAGAGAUAUGCAAUAUACCGAAGAAGUAGAAAAUUUCUCGAAUGUGGUUGAGGUUUCCAAAACUCGGGUAACGAAAGAAAAACAUUUUAGUCCUGAUAACAGUCCGACCAGAAAACCAUUGGAGCCUCAAGCUACUCGUAAAACAUCUCCCGUCAGACAACGUCCUUCUGGCUCUUCCACGAUUACAGUGAUGAAAACAAUUGAAACAAAGACCAAAUCGCGUGAACCGAAUAAGCCUUCAAAAAUCAAACCUGCUGAUAAGUCGUCGGAGAAACCGGAUAAUCCUAGUAUUGUUGGAAGAGAUAAACCAACAUCUCCAACAAAGUUGCGGUCAGAACGUAUUCAUAAAGUCGAUAAGACUCCCGAUAAAGGCCAUCAAAAGCCCACAAAAGAGUCUCCAACUCACACAAUCAAAGACCGAUUACGUUCUGCUACGCGAAAUGGGAAACCUUCCGAACCGCAGUCAGAUUCUUCGCCUGAUGUUAGUCCUUCACGAUUUACAGAGCGAAGGCGUUCAAGUAAUAUUUCGGUACAUACUGAAAUCAUAAUUGAUCAUUCUGGACCAAAAUCUCCUAAACCUAUAGAAAAGAGCCCUGAGAAACAUAUACAACAGACAAAGAAAACCAGUCCGGCCGAUAAAACUGCACCAAACGCAAGACCGCUUCGAAGACUUCCUGUAACAGAACGAAAAGAAUCUGCGCCUGUUCCGAGUGUUACUCGUAAAGACAAGGAUGCAAAAAUGACUCGAUCAACAAGUGAGAAAAUUAUGAAGGUUACUGGUAAACCGGUAAAACAAACUGAUGUGAAUACAUUGGCCCCUAGCCCCACACCAAAAGGUGAUCGUCGACCUAAUAAAUGUUUCACCACCAAGACCAUAAAUCUCACUACUACAGAUAAACUAAUAAAUAGCGAGGAAAUGGAGAAUGUUAUAAUAGAUAUACAACAUGCAAAGAGUUCUCGUGAGCCAUCACCAGAUAAAAUUGUCCCUACACCGGUACCGGUGCAUUUAGAUACGGGUAAACCUCGUUAUCCCGAUGUUGUGCAAGAACCUGAAGACGAGCCACGCAAAAAACCAGUAAUCACAAAUAUACCUAUUUUCGAAGAAGAAUCAAACGAAUACAUCAAAUGCCAUAUAUCUGAGGUGAAGACAGAUAAGAUUUCAAAAUUGGUGGACUUGGAUGAGAAUGAUAUUCUAGAUAACCCUAUGAUUGAAGCUCCAAAAAGUCUUGACUAUCCAUCGAUCGAUAGAAUUGACGAUGACUGCCUUUUAAGCGUUCAUGAGAAGGUUUCCAAGUUCACACAUACAGCUGAAGAGAUUAAGAAACCAAAAGCAUCCAGCCCAUUCAGUAGAGAGUUCGACAAAACACCCAAAGUACAAGAAAAUGAUCAAUGUUUAUUGACAGUUGAUGAAAAAGUUAACAAAUUCAUUAAGACAGCAGAAGAGGUAGCGAAACCAAUCACACCUAUACGGGAGGUUGAACGUCCCAGUUACACUGAUUUGGACGAAGAGUUACGAACAGAUGAUUGCACUUUGUCCGUUUCUCAAAAGGUCAAUAAAUUCUUGAGUACUGCAGAAAAAUUGGCUCCCACUACACCACAAAGGUCUCCUGAAUUGGUGGCUAAGAUCGAGCGAACUAUUUCCAAACAAAGUGAGCCAGAGUAUCCCGAAGGUCUUAGUGAUGAUGAACUAACGCCAUUUUCACAGAAUCAUACUAUCGAGAUUGAGAAAAGACGUCAAAAAGACAUACUCUCUCGACCAACUGUAUUUGAAAAUACAACAAAAACUGAUCAGUAUAAUGAUUAUACAGAGGCAAAACGUACUACAAUCGAAAAAACUACCACACUAAAAGAAAACGAAGAAGUUAUUCCUCACACAAGAGAUCACACAACGAAAAUUGAAUUAAAACGACAAAAAGACAUUUUGUCCAGGCCUUCAAUCUAUAACCAGAAUGUGAAAGGGAGGCCACAAUCGCCCAACAAAAAGGAGCCCACUGGCCCGAGCAAGCAUCCAUCAACAAAUAUUAAAUCAAAACAGAUGGAGUAUACAACGCAGAAAAUAACCAGAGAGCAUAGUGAUAAAAUUGAAACUAAAGGUGAUCGCAAACCAUCUACUCCAGUAUCCAAACCUGAUAGCCGUAGAACAAUAAAACCGCAAGCUUCCACUGUGGCUGUAACCAGAUCUCGUUUUGAGACAUCUGAUAUUAAACGGAAUACACCAAAAUCUUCUGUUGAACCGAAAACUAAUCGAGUCCCCUCUCAAAUUAUUACUGGUCGUAAACCAACGAGCGAACCCAAGACAUCUGGUAGAAAACCAUCGUCGGAAUCGAUCACUAACUCUUCUUACCCAAACAGAGGUAAACCAACAACUGAGCCCGAUAGUCAUUUCGAUGGCAAGAAACCAUCUACUGAAUUCGAAAUAAACGUUCAUGAUUACGAAAGCGUCGAAUCCGAAACGGAGUUUACUUCCACAUCACGCCGCAGAAGCUCAUCAAAAACAAAAGAUUACUUAGAGACAGUACAGACAGAAAUUGAACGGUUUUCUCCUAUCCAAAAAGAAUCUCCAAUUCGAAAAUCUUUUCCACAGGAAAAGCAAGCACCUCAAACUUUCUCUCACAGUCCUACUCGAAAAGAUACUACUAGCACAACCACAGUUACUCACGUAACCGAGCGCACAAAUAAGCACAAUUCAGAUUGUUCCGAUAUUGAAAUCGUUGAAACUGUUAUAGAACGCCCCGCACAAGUAAAGCCAUCAACACCUACACCAACAAUCGGUCGUACUCGCAUAGCGCCAGAUACUGUUGCCGCUCGCCGUAAUAUUUUCGAAAAUAAUGCCACGCCGAAGGUACAAAGGCCAGGAGAAAGCAACUCGCCCUCACCUGUUGGAAGACGUCCAUCAUAUAUGGAUCACACAGUUAGCUCUUUAGAGCACAUUCGUCGUGAUUCACUAGAAGUAAAUAAGCAUAACUAUUCACGCAAGUCCUCGGUGGAUUCGGAAAUCAAUUAUGAGCGUCGACCAAAUGCUGCAGUAAAAUUUGAUGUGCCACAUAAACCGCAGCGUACUGCUAGUAUUCCCGAAGAUAUUGAUGUUGAGAAUAUUUUCGAAUUGGAAGUAUUGGAGCGUCUUUUGGAAACAGUUACCUCAUAUGAACUGAGGCGCAGGAUUCGUGCCCAAAUACGUUUGGUUAAGAAAAAUACACUUAACACGAAUGUCGUUGACAAAAGGAAAACUGAAACUAAAGCAACUAAUUCCAUAAGAUCAACUCACAAAACAUCUACUUACAAAUCAGAUGUGCAUCAUGAAGAAACUGACACCAUUAAUGAGGGCAUAACAACAAAAGUACCAUAUGACAAUAAAGGUAGCCCAAAACGUCCGGUUCAAACACCAAAGGAGGGUAGGACAACUCAAAAUGCAUCACAAAAGUCGCCAGGAGAAAGUCCAAGGCCGUACAAUAAACUGCACCGCGAACAAAACGUUACUACAAAAAGCACACAUUUUACUAAAACUCCAAAUGGUGGCACCGAAAGUCCUGAACGUCAGAGAAAACUACCCUUUGAACGCGAUCACAGUCCCGAAACAAAAACUUCGCACGAACAAGUAAAAGAAAUACGUCGUAUAUCUGGUUCUUCGAUGUCCUCACAUAAGGAAUAUGUACAUAGCGAGCAAACGGACUACUCGGAAGAGAAAAUCAAUAGCUCCCGCCGCCAUAUUGAGAAGAGUUCUGAACGUUUUGAAAAAGAUCAUAGUCGUGAACGCAGUUAUAGUCCCGAAUCUAAGAGUCCUGUUAGGGACGGCAGACAUAGUCAAGAUAUUAAAAGUAAAACUUUGUCUAGCACACGCACUAGAAGCCCUAACGACAGAAAGCCAUCUUCGCAACGCACAACCAGUCCAAAAGGAAGAACGCCGAAACAACGUGAUGAUUUAUACAACAUUUCCAAGGUAACAACAGUUAAAACCACACGCUCACCUGAACGUAAGUCUAGUAAGCCGAACGCUGACGAAAACGCCCCCAUUUGGGCGGAUCGUAAAAAUCUGCUCAAGAGUCCAAGUAGCACACCACGUAAAGCGUCAGCUACGCCGUCAACACGAAACACGGCAACGAAGGUCACCACAUCGAAGACAAUAAGUCAACGCCAAACUCAGAAUAGAAACUUUGAAGAAGAUUCAAUCACCUCGAGUUAUGGCAUUGGACCGACAGACGAAAAUGGUUUGCCAUUAUUCGGCAUUAAAGCGUUGAAAAAGAAGAAGCUGAGUCAGCCCUGUGAAGCAACUGAAGAAGUCACAGGCUAUGUCAUCGAGGAGAAGUAUUAUUCAGAUAGUAAAACAAAGCCGAAAGUUGAGCGUAAGGAGUACAUUUAUUCAACAAAUGCCGAUGAACUCGAAGAAAUUAAGAAAACUAUUGAGCAAAGCCGUAGGUCCUCAGAGGAUAAUGUGGAUGUCAUCAGAAAAGUUGAGAAACUCGAUAGGGAUUAUGUUUUUGACAAACCGGAAGCUAUAAUGCCAGACACAGAAGACUUUACUACAACGUCCAGCAAAUAUGUUCGCCGUGGAUCAGUGAAAGAGCUGAGUGAGAAAUUCAUACGCAAAGAGUCCUCACAAUCAGUAACAGAAAAAUCCGGUGGCUACCCGAAGGCCGGUUUGAUUUUACGCACCAGUCGUGGAUCAUCAUCAGAACCAAGUGGAGAUGGUUACGAAAUAACUACUGAAAAAUAUAAGACAACAUCGAGCAAUACUGGUCAUGGUUACCGCGGAGAUUCCGAUGAUGAACAAAAUGUGCAGCUGCGACAGAAACAAACCCGUCGUAUUCUAACUGACUACGAUGAUAACGAAGCGGAUCAAUGUCAUUUGAGUACUCGUUCGUCGACUAAGUCCACACGUUCGUUCCUUAAUAGCAGCGGCGAAACUAAAGUGGUUACCAGCGUGGAUGAUGCUCUGGAGCGUAUGCGUAAUGCAGAUUAUGUUGUAGAGGAAGGCGAUACGGCUGAGGAUCGGGAGGCGCGUUCAUUGUUGAAUAAAUUUUUAGGUGCCAGCGUUAUAAUGAAAGGCGUCGAAAGUGUUUUGCCAACAACUAAACAAACAACAACUACUACCAUUACUAAAACUUCAUGCGGCGAUAAGGAUGAUGGCGAAAGGGACCUACUAAAGAAUAAAGCGGUGAAAACCACACUCAUUACGAAAACGACCAAGUCUGGAAGCUCUUCAACACCAGUUACCCGUACAACUUGUGAUAUAGAGGAGAUCUGGGACGAAGAAAUUUUAAAGGAAUUGCUUGAACAGGCCACAACUUACGAAGAACGCCGGAAGAUACGCGCGCGUCUACGAGAUUUAAUGGCGGAACGUGAAGAGAAAAAAGAUUUAAAGUCGGGUGAUAUAUCCGAAAACGUUCCAGAAGUCGAUGAAAGCAGUGCUAGUGAGUACGAGGAGGUCAUUGAAGAGGUUACUGUAACCGAUUACAGUGACGCUGAAGCCGAUCUAGGUGAAGAAGAAGUAUUCAAAUCAAGUCAAAACAUAGCUAGUGAAGCUAAAGAGACCAUUGAGAAUGUAGAAAAGAAAGACAAAGCAGAAGACGUUGAUAAAGAAAAUGAUACAAGUGUUACUAAAAAUAUAAAAAAAGAAAAGGUAGAGGAAGUCGCUAAAGAACUUAAAGAAGUAAAUAUAGAUGCAAAAGAAAGUAUUGCCAUAAAAGAAACGAACGAAGAAGCUGACGUUUCAAGCGAAAGUAAGAGUUCAAACUCUAACGAAGAGAGUGUAGCUGAAUCAAGUGUUGACAAAACCGACUCAAAAUUCGUCGAUGAUGAUAAGGGUGAGUCCCUAGUGCCGUUAUUGCAAGAUAUUUUGCAAAAGAGUUUGCCAAGCGCAAUUGCCAACGCACGGAACUUUCAAGAAAGAGCACCGAAUACGGAGCCGAACCUAUCUGCAAUCACUAGCACACGUACAAAUAAGGGCUGUAGUAGUAGUAGUAUUAGUAUUAGUGAACAUAGUGAACAUAGUAAUUUGUGUACUGUUAAUAAUUGCAACAACAAUAAUAAUACCAAUAAUAACGAAGACAGUAAAAACCACACUGACCACACAAACGUAAACCACACACACAGUGACCCAAAUAUCCAAACAACAAGUGAAAAUUGCACGUACUCUGACAAAACCUUAGAUUCAAACUCGUCUGAAACAACAAUGACACGUGACAUUGUAAUGCCUAAGAGCGCCGGACAGAAGCAGCUGGAUAGGUUAAGCGUUCCUCAAAAAGAGGACUCCGGUACAGAAAGUGGCGAGGAUUUGCGCCUCAUUGCGGCGGGUUUGCGUGAUAGUUUGCAAUUGCAAAGUGAUUCUAACUUAAUUGAGGAGGUCACAACAGCGCUUACUCGUCUCGAGUUGUCACUGAAAGAGGGCAAAAACAUACCGGUUGAUGGUAGUAAACGUGAAGCGUUGUUGGCAUUGGUCGCACGUCUGCAAACUGGUCUGACAUCACGUGAUGCACCAGUAAAUUUGUCAAAGAUGGCCGAUAAUGGUGAACAGUUUGAUGAGACUUCUUCACCGGAGGUUGAUGGACAACGCGCGAAUCGCCAACGCUUUGCUCGACGACGAAAUCGUAAUAGCCGCCAUACGGUCGGUGUUAGUCGCGAAGAAUUGGCCGAUGCCCGUCGCUACAUGGAGGAUAUGCAGUUGAUAGAAAAUAUAUCAAAUUGCACAACGCCAGAAAGUGGGAUGACAGCAAAUCUUGUAGCGCCGCCACAAUGGUGUCCCAUCGAGAAAAAUCCUUCAUCGGGUGCCAUACUCACGAGCAGCUCGUCUUCCACACUCUACCGCCCGAAUCAAUUUGUGCCGAACCAACUUAAGAACUCUACAGCUUGUUUGAAUGGUGAUGCGCAUCCUAUCCUUAGAGAAAAUGAUACCCAAAAGAGCAAACGCCCCUUGUCAGGCAAUUUUUCGGUAAGCUUUCAGCCGAAUCCAAUCACUAAUGAUCCUGAACCAUUUGUUAAUGACAACCAAGAAGAGCAGAAGGAGUUUCACGCAAAUGGUAAUAUUUCGCCUGACUCUGGCUAUAAGUCCAACCGUUUCUCAAACAAGAAACAACUUAUGAAACGCGCAAACACCAUCGAUAUACCAAAAACUAAGAAAUAUAAUCCAGAUUUUGAUACAGAUUCAGAACAGGAGGACAAAACUCCACAACUGGGUUUGAAGCGCACUCUGCAAGUCAAUGUCAAGCACAAAGUGCGCAACGCUGUGCCGCCAUUCGUGCCAAGGACCGAAAAUGAUCACAAAUUUCUAGCCUUCAUCAAUAAACAAAGCGCUAAGCCUGGACUUGGUUGGACCGGCUCGCGAUCUGUGUCGAAUUGGACGAAUAAAUUCGGUAAUUUGAAGCACACCUUUGAGGUGGGUGCUGCAGCACAGGUCACCACGGGCAAACCACCACAAGCACCUGGACAUGUGCCACACAGCGCAAGUAAGAGUUACUGGCAGAAACAAGUGGCGAACCAAGAACAUAAUCAGCAUCAACAACAACAACAGUACUUACAAUACCAACAACAACAGAGGCAGCAACAACAACAACUGGCACAACAGCACCAGUUGCAGCGUAGCCAACAUGAGGAGAAUGAACGUCUACGUCGCAUGGAGAGAGAACGCCUUGAGCGUGAACGCAUAGAACGUGAUCGGCUGGAGCGUCAACGUUUAGAGCGCGAGCGCCAGGAACGCGAUCGCAUGGAACGGGAGUUAUAUGAGAGAGAAAUUAUGGAACGAGAGCGAUUGGCUGCGGCACAACAUGCUGCCAUGCCAAGCAUGACGGUACCCAAACCAGCUCCAGUGAAUAAAUUUCAGCAUGCGCCUCAAUCUGUUUUCCGGCCUAUCGAUAACAACGACGUACAUGGUCAUAACAUUUUCAAACCCAUACCACAACUGCCACAAAAGUUAAAUACUUGGCAACCACCGUCCAUUACCAACAAACCCCACUCAGCACCUGUACAGUUGACACCUGCAUCACCGCAAUUCCUGACCACAAAACAGUCAGUGAAUGGCACUCAUGUAACAUCACCCUCAUCUACAACUUCAUCGCCCAUUGGUCUGCCUUGGGUUGCGAAGCCCGCAGUAGACAAUAGUGAUUUCAGAAAGAAAGCGCAUACUUUCGAGGAGCGUUCACAAAAUGAUAAUCGCCCACAUUCAUAUUUGCAGAGGCAUCAUUCACUGCGUUCACCAAAGAUAAGUCAACCACAAAUGGAUGAAUACAAGAAGCGGCCUUCGCUGCCAAGCGCAGCCGAUCCAUAUAUGGCUGCCCAGAGUCAGUAUGUGCCACAACAGCAACAACAAUCACAAGUUUACGCAUCAACAACUAACAUAUACGCAGCUCCACCACUGCCAACAAAUAUAUCCUUUACAUACGCCGACUUGGCACGCACUAAUAACUACAAAAGUUAUCCGUGCCUGCCAUCGGCUGUAGAGACGUCAAUAACUGCGGACUAUGUGCGACAGCGCGAAAGCUCAUUGACCGAUCCGCAUGCAACACCACUGGUUUUAACCAGUUCCAAUCCAACCUAUGAGCCGCCUGCAGAUCAAUCAUUCUACAAUAAUGCACCUCCGCCAAGACAAUUCGAUUAUGCGAGCCCAAUAGAUAGUGCACCAACAAGUCCCAAUAUUUUAGCCAUGCCACAAACUGAUUAUACUGACGACGAUUUGGAUUCGGACAAUUUAAUGGAAUAUCGUGCUGAAACUCGAGUAAUGGGCAAGCCACAAAGUCAAACCGCAGUUACAAUACGGGACCGUCGAACAGCGCAUGCCAGUGACGAUGAAGUCUUCGGCAAAAAUUCACGCAGCGCUCAAAACUUACUGCACACAAUGAGAAAUAUUGGCAAAAGUGGAAAUGGUAUAACGAAAGAGAAGAAAGAUCCCGUUAGAAAGGUGGAAUCACCAAAGAUUUGCCUAUCUCCAGAUGGUCGUUCAUAUCAAGCGCCAAUUGUCGAACCUUUAUUUCCUCAACUUACCAACUUUGAGGCUAAUCGUACACCAGAAUAUAUUCAGAAUCCAAUAAAGCCUCCAGCGCUAAGCAAACAAAAGAAACCGAGACCAAAAACACCACCAAAGCCAAGUCAACAAAUGGAUCGAAGCUUGCAAUUGGCGCGUGCCGACCAGAAAUUCCGAUCAGAGCAGCAAUCGUGUAUGGAUAGGAUAAAAAAUUUAAAUGAAAAUGAGGUUUCGGCACAACAGCAACAAUUACAGUAUCAGACGGUCAGUGCUUCUAACACUUCCUCCACCAACACAAUGCCAUACACAAGUGAAAUCCAAACUGCUUAUAUGGUAACUUAUCCCAUCGAAGACAGUCACGGAAAUCAAUAUGUCAAGCAACACCCAAAUUCUUUGGCUCUGCAACGAAAUCGCAAUUCCUCCGAGAAUUCAUCAGCCAGUUCGUCAAUGUCACAUAAUUUACCUUCACCUGGUACAAGUUGGACGCCGAAUCCUAUUCACACGGGUGAUGAAAUUUUGCCACAAUCCAAGCAAUCGAAGAAAACUGUGGAUGUCAAAAGCUUACAAUCAAGUACUUAUAACCCACAAGCAUAUGUGGCACCGCAGACACAACCCAUUUCACAAAGCAAUUUACAGGGUCUAGCACAGUCAAAACCCCAAGUGGCCCCUAAGCCUGCAGUAAAAGGUGUACAAAACGCACCACUGCCAGAGUCACACUCAAAUUACCAGCCACAACAUGCUCAUACACCCAACCAGAAACCUCCACCCCAACCUCCAUUACAAACGCAAUCGCCAGCACAAGAAAGACCACAGCAGCCAAGGGGUCAAACCACACAACCCAAAGCUAAAGUCACUCCCAAAUUGACCACACGCAGUCAGACAUUGUCGUCGUCAUCACAAAGCCAGACCUCGGAACAACAUUACGCAUAUCAGCCAACACAGGCGGCCCCAAAAACGCAUGCCUUUGACGCUGCCGUAACGCCUCUGCAAUCGCAGAAUCGCGUGCUCUCACAACAGUCACUAGUGUCUAGUAAGCAGCGUCAGUUCGAACACAAACAGGAAGAGCAGCUCCAGUUGAAUGAAAUGCGUCGCAAAAGUCUUGGCAAUGUCUACGACGUACAGCAGCAGCCAGGCAAAUCCGUCUACAUGUCGGAGACAAAGACAAUAGCUAAACAGGAGUAUAAGUCAUCAGCGCCAGCAGACACGCCAGACAUCGUAAAGUCAUCACUGCCCAAAGAAGACAUGCCCAUACUGAAAAAAUUCGGUCCACCACAACGCCACCAUUAUAUGCCCAAUUCAUAUCAGAGUCCCACAGCUAAUACACAAACCCAAAAGUUCGAGAGCAGCACUAAGGUGAUAAAGAAUACGCAACAUCAGAUUGUUCAGCACUCAACGCUGACGAAGAAACCUUCUAUUGUGGAAAUUCCGGCCACGCCACAGCCAGAUGAAGAUCUCAUACCGCGCAAUAUUGUUUUCAACAAUAUCAGCGCAUUCCAGUCCAUGUCGCGUCGCCAGGAAGAUCAUGAGCAUGCGCAUAUUGAUGCACAUCCGCGGACGAAUCGUUUGAGCAAGAGUGAUUCGUGGAAUCAGAUUGUACAAAUGCAAAAUCAAGCGAAUAUCCAGCAGCCGCCGACAUCGCCGAAGUUCGGAAACAGCGUUGGUGGUAGUGAAUUGCGACGCACCAAAUCCGGGCACACUUUGAAUGUGCGCAUGUAUGAGGCGGGCAUAGAUAAGACGCAGGUCGGUGAGAAACAGCGCACCGUGGAGGCUUACUUCACUGGUAAGAAGUCUCCCAAUCAACUUGGUGGUGGCGAAGCAGUUGAAAUGCGUUCAGCAAUAACAACUGCAACAACGUCCAUCGCAUCGACGGGAGCAAAGAAGUCGACUAUUAAUCGUCACAAGACCAAUGAAAAGAUUUCGGCGAGUCGCAAAUCGCUGACUGCAGUGACCAGUAACGGUAUACCAGCGACCGGAACUACUAUAUUGGGCGGUGGGUUGACACGAAGCGCAACAAUGCCGCAUAUAGCUAGUUUGAAUCUGCUCGACGAGAGCAAUGUUGAAGACGCGUUUGAGCAGCUGAUGAUGGGCUCGUAGGACGUAAGGCUCGCACGCUGAGCUGGGGUCACACGUGCCAACCAUUCCAAAUUGCAAAAGCGAGCCAACAUAACAAAAUCGAAAUGCAUAGCGCCAAACAACAAGUUUGAUUGCAGUUGUAAAGUGAACAAAAACGAAACCUCUACAUUAAAAUUAAAAGUUAUAAUACAAAGUGGACGUUUACAGGCUAGUUGCUGCUGAGUAACUCGCCAUGUUUCAAACGUUACACAACAAUAGACAAUUAAUAAUCUUUAGCGCGUUCCCUCUUCCCAUAUUUCUCAGUUUUUUUAAUUAAUUUACGUAUUGGGACUGUUCUGCGACUCGGUACGAAUUGACGUGAAAGAAAAUGGAAGAGGAGGGACCACAUGUUGUUUUAUUAUUGAAAUUUUUACGCCGAUUUCAAUUUAACCUCAAUACACAGUUGAAAGCUAAUAUCAUAAACCAAACAAAUACCAUUUACACGCACAGUACAUUUAUAUAUUUGAGUAAACGAAAUGGGCGAGUGACCGUUGGAACUCUGCUAAUGGCCGCUUGCAUUAAUGCAAUGAUGUCGAAAUUAACGGAAUGCCUGCCAGAAAGUUUGCGCCUAGCGGCAUAGAACAACAGCUCCAUUUAAUACAACAAGCCACGCCGAUUAUCUUGAAGACGAUAUGUUUGGUGUGACCACUUCAAAAUUGAACUGUGCUCAUCCUUCUACAUAUCUACUCUAUUCAGUAGCAACAAGCUACAUCAACCACUGAGAAAACAGAAACGAAGGAAAAGGAUGGCGCCGUUGUAACCACAACAACAAAAGUUACAACACGCACAGUAACUGGUGCUGGCAACACUGCAGCGAAACCAGUUUCACCGUUUGCGAAAUUCCGUCAGCUGGACAAACAAAACUCGCAGCAAUCCCCAAAAUCACCGUCAACACCCACCACUCCCGGGGGCACAGCCUCACCUUCUGGUUCCGCACGUAUAUUCCAAUUUACUGAUCCGGCAUUAAAUGCACGCGCCGCCACUGUGAAGGAGCAACUUCUGCAGUGGUGCCAAUCGAAAACACAGGAAUAUGAGAACGUCCAAAUAACUAAUUUUAGUGCCAGCUGGUCAGAUGGUUUAGCAUUUUGUGCGCUAAUACAUCACUUCUUGCCAGAUGCCUUCGAUUAUAGUAAAUUAACACCUCAAAACCGAAGACAGAAUUUUGAAUUAGCUUUCACUGUGGCCGAUGAGAAAGCUGGCAUAGCGCCACUACUCGAUGUCGAGGAUAUGGUAGAGAUGAAACGACCUGAUUGGAAGUGUGUUUUCAUCUACGUGCAAAGCAUCUACCGUCGCUUCCGUAAUUGCCAGUAAAUGCGGUUCAAGCCGUUAAAAAAUUAAACGAAAUAACACCUUCGACAUCCAGAACUCUAAAUCCGGUCACUACCACAGAUAAUCCACUCAUACUAAUCCAUCCGCACACUAAAAGUGUUAACUGUACUAAAAUAAGCCGAAAUGAAUGGUUACGGCUCUACGAGCGUUUACAAGGUUUAUUUAUUUUCACUAAAUCGUGUUAAAUUAAAAGAAAAAUUAUUGCCGUAAAAAUUGUAAUAUUUUAUUUAUUGGUUACAUAAAAGUUAAUUAUACUACUUUUUUUAAUCUGGUUCGUGCGUAGUUGUAGUCACAGUGCUUUUGUACUUUAGCACUACGUACAAAAAUAAUGCAGAUAAUUAGACAUUAGCGACUUUGUCUAAGAAUUUACUAUGUAUGUCUACAAUUCUAUUUAACAAACAAUUGUUGUUGGUACAGCAAAAAGUGAAAUUGUAAAAAAAGUCUUCUUAAUUGUAAAAUGUUAGAGGAGCAAAUUAUAUUAUUGAUACUAAAUAUAUUAUAUUUACCUUUAUAUGUAUGUAUGUGCACACAUACUACGAACAUUAUGAACAAUACAUUUGACUAAAUACAUACGUACGUUUCGAUAUACUCUAUACACCAAACGGAACCAUGCCUACUACAUACAAUAUAUGCUAACAUUAUGUUUACUUCAAUAAAUAUACACACACCCAAACACAUACUUA